GAGACAGUGGCGGUUUGGACAUUCACACAACUCUGUUCUGCAAUGUUCAAGAUAGAGUUUGCGCCCCUAAAUAUCCCGAUCAGCAGAAGACUUCAGACCGCCGCGGUUCUGCAAUGGGUCUUCUCCUUCCUCUUCCUAGCACAGUGCUGCAUGGCAUUGUAUGUUAUCAUCAUAAUGAAGGGGUACUGGCACAUGGCCACCCUCUAUGGGCUGUGGCUGUACCUGGACUGGGACACACCACAAACAGGGGGUAGAAGGCUGGCCUGGGUCAGGAAAUGGACCAUCUGGAAGCAUUUCAGAGAUUAUUUUCCCAUUCAUCUCAUCAAGACCUGUGACCUGGACCCAAAGAGACACUACCUCUUCGGGUUCCACCCCCAUGGCAUCCUGGUGGCUGGGGCUUUUGGGAACUUCUGCACAGAGUACACAGGCUUCAGGGAGCUCUUUCCUGGAAUGACUCCGUACCUCCAUGUUCUGCCAUUCUGGUUUCGGUUUCCUCUCUUCCGAGAAUACCUCAUGUCUGCAGGCAUUGUCUCCUGUUCUAAGAGGAGCGUGACUCACGUGCUGAGCCAGGAAGGAGGGGGCAAUGUCUCCAUCAUUGUCAUUGGGGGGGCAGCAGAGUCUCUCGAGGCCAGACCCGGAAGCCUCAUCCUAGAGGCUCUCAACAGGAAGGGCUUUGUGAGGAUCGCCCUCAAGUGUGGUGCAUAUUUGGUUCCAGUAUUCUCUUUCGGUGAGAACGAACUCUUCAACCAGUUAAGAAAUCCUAAGGGCUCCCUGGUACGGACCAUCCAGGAGGGAUUGCGGAAGAUGCUGGGGUUCAGCCUGCCCCUCUUCCAUGCCCGAGGCGUCUUCCAGUACAGCUUUGGUCUCAUGCCUUACAGGAAGCCCAUCUACACAGUUGUGGGACAGCCUAUGGUGGUGGAGAGGAAUGUGAACCCGACGCCUGAGCAGGUGGACAGGAUGCAUGGACAGUACCUGGAGGCACUGGUCCAGCUAUUUGAGCAGCACAAAGCCAAGUAUGGGAUACCUGAGCACCACCACCUCAUCUUCACCUAGCAGCCCAAAAACAGGCAAAGGUGUACGCACACAUACACACGUGUGGUUACAUAAAACACAUAUAGACACAAAAACACACGUGUGUGGGUGCACAGUUCCACACACAAAUAAACAAAAACAAACACGCAAAACUGUGUGGAUAGACAGGAACAUAGACAAAUAAACACAUACACACACAUACAUCUAUGCAUGGACAAUGUGUGAUUGUGGACUGUUGGUUGUAAGUUGCACUAUGCUUUACAGUAUGUUUACAGCGUAUUUCUAUUACCUUACCUGCAACUGAAAAUGCU